AUUCGUUGAAGAAGCAGAUUUCCGGUUUCAGUGUCACACGUGUUUUGGAACUACUAGAAGAAGAAGGUGUAAGAGCUUCGUUUUGGAACAUAAAAUCACUGUCUUAACUGUACUCAGAGACUAAAUUGGUCAUGAAGGAGGAGAAGCAGCAGCACAAAACACACCAAAAGAAACACAGUGGCCCCAAGGCCGAAAGAAAAAAGAGAAAGAGACAACAGGAGCAACAGGCUGGCACCAAUGAGGAGGAUGGAAGGAAGAGAAACCCCAAGGCAUUUACAGUGCAUUCAGCAGUGCGUAUGGCUCGCACUUUCCACAGGACUCAAGAUCUUAAAACAAAGAAGCAUCAUGCACCAAUAGUGGAUCGUUCACCUCAAGAACCUCCUCCUUUUCUUGUUGUUGUUGUUGGUCCUCCUCGUGUGGGCAAGAGCACACUGAUCCGCUGUCUGAUUAAGAAUUUCACAAAGCAAAAACUGACUGAAAUUAAUGGACCAGUUACCAUUGUGUCAGGGAAGAAGAGGCGUCUCACAUUCAUAGAAUGUGGAAAUGACAUCAGUACCAUGAUUGACUUGGGCAAAGUGGCAGACCUUGUACUAAUGCUGAUUGAUGCCAGUUUUGGAUUUGAAAUGGAAACCUUUGAAUUUCUCAACAUCUGCCAAGUGCAUGGUUUCCCAAAGAUCAUGGGAGUGCUGACCCACUUGGACUCAUUCAAGAAUAAUAAACAGCUCCGCAAAACCAAGAAACGUCUAAAGCAUCGAUUCUGGACAGAAGUUUACCAGGGUGCCAAGCUGUUUUACCUCUCGGGAAUGGUACAUGGCGAGUAUCAGAAUCAAGAGAUCCGUAAUCUUGGUCGCUUCAUUUCUGUCAUGAAGUUUCGGCCACUGGUAUGGCAAACAUCACAUCCUUAUGUUCUUGCUGAUCGAAUGGAGGAGCUGACUGACCCAGAGGCUGUUCGACUAAAUGUGAAGUGUGACCGUAAGAUUUCCUUGUAUGGAUAUCUCAGAGGAGCGCAUUUGAAAAACAAAAGCCAAAUACACAUUCCUGGUGUUGGUGACUUCACUGUGAGUGACCUGAGCUUCCUCCCAGACCCCUGUCCUCUUCCUGAAGAACAGAAAAAGCGCGCACUUAAUGAGAAAGAAAGGCUGCUUUAUGCUCCAAUGUCUGGAGUAGGUGGUUUGGUCUAUGACAAGGAUGCAGUGUAUAUUGACCUGGGUGGAAGCCAUGCACAGGAGGAGCCUAGGCCUUCAGCAGAACUGGUGCAGUCCCUCAUCAGUACACAUUCUACCAUUGACGCAAAGAUGGCUGUCAGCAAGGUAUCACUCUUCAGUGGUUCUGUCGCACUGCAGUCUGAUGAGCUGCAGGAUGAGGAGCCAUGCCAGGAGAACCCCAAAGAAGAGACUAUUUGGGAUCCUGAAAAAGGAAGAGUUCGACGAAGAGCCAUGUUUGCUGAUGACAAUCAGGAAGAAGAUGAAGAUGACAGUGAGGAAGAGAGUGAUGAUGAUGAUGAAGAAAAUGAAGAUGAGGAUGAUAUGAGUGAGGAAGAGUAUGAGGUAGAUAAAGAUAAUGACAAGGAAGUGUCAGAUGCAGAAGACUGUGGACCACUCAAGCGACGGAAAUUGAAGCAAGAUGUAGAAAUAGAUGAAGCAUUGGCUUUUGCGGAUAGCAAUGAUGAGUUGGAGAAGAGUGAGCAGGAGAGUAGUGAUGACGAUGAUGACAGUAUUUUGGGCAAGGAAGACGUGUGUAAGAACAAAAGGCAAAUUGCAGUUCGAGAUUCUGGACAUUGCACUGAUGAGGAACUCCAAAUUUCAGAUGAAGAACAUAAUAAUUUAAUGAAACAAGCCAAAGUCAGCAUUACAAAGUCAGAGUCUUCUGAAAAUAAAGAUGAUGAAGAGAUGUGUUUUGAAACUGCUGGUGCUCUUCACUGGAAAGAGGGGCUAGCUAAAAAGGCAGCAGAAGCAUUUUUUCGGCAACAGCAGACGGCGCCCAACUUGCGCAAACUUGUUUAUGGCAAAGUAAUGGAUGAUGAAGAAGAGAAAGCAGAAGAGGAGGAAUUAGGUGGGCUCUUCCACGUCAGCCGUCCUAAGGCACAGAUGAGGUGCAGAGCCAAUGGAAUAGACUGUUCUCGCUACCCUGUAGACAUAGAACGUGAUUGGGAUUGUGAAGAGGUGCUGGACUCUAUUAGGGACUGCUUUGUUACUGGAAAUUGGGACAAGAAUGAAGAUGCUGCAAAGCUACUGCAAGAAGAUGAUGAGCUUUAUGGAGACUUUGAGGACCUUGAGACCGGUGAGGUAUACCAAGGGGAUACUGAUAAGGACAAAGACCAAUCUGAUGAAGAUACUGGAGGUGAUGAGGAUGAGAAAGAGGAAGAAGAAAAGGAGAAAGCAGAAAAGAAUGAGCGUUUAGAUAAAAAGAAACGUCUAAAGGAGAAAUUUGAUUUAGAAUAUGAUGAGGGGGAAUCCACCUACUUUGAUGACCUUAAAGGAGAGAUGCAACGCCAAGCACAGUUAAACCGAACCGAGUUUGAGAAUGUGGAUGAUGAGACCAGAGUGCAGUAUGAGGGAUUCCGACCUGGCAUGUAUGUUCGCAUUGAAAUAGAGAGUGUGCCCUGUGAAUUUAUUUCCAACUUUGACCCAAACUACCCCAUCAUCCUUGGGGGACUUGGCAAUCAGGAAGGCAGUAUAGGAUACCUGCAGAUGCGAGUAAAGAAACAUCGAUGGUACCAGCGGAUUCUGAAAACACGAGACCCACUGAUUCUGUCUUUAGGCUGGCGUCGUUUUCAGACCAUUCCACUUUACUACGUUGAAGAUCAUAAUGGACGUCAGCGACUUCUUAAAUACACCCCUCAACACAUGCAUUGUGGAGCUGCCAUCUGGGGACCCAUCACUCCACAGGGCACAGGUUUCCUUGCAAUACAGUCAUUAGCUGGAGGCAAGGCUGGAUUCCGAAUUGCAGCCACUGGCGUUGUUCUAGACUUGAACAAAUCUGUUACUAUAGUUAAGAAGUUGAAACUAAUUGGUUUCCCAUAUAAGAUCUACAAGAAUACUGCUUUUGUUAAGGGGAUGUUCAAUUCCAUUUUAGAGGUGGCAAAAUUUGAGGGAGCAAUCUUGCGAACAGUAAGUGGGAUUCGUGGGCAGAUUAAAAAGGCCUUGCACACUCCUGGGGCCUUCCGAGCCUCCUUUGAAGAUCGAUUGCUUAUGAGUGAUGUAGUAUUCCUAAGGUCCUGGUUUCCUGUGUCUGUUCCUCAGUUUUAUAAUCCUGUUACCUCACUGCUUCAGCCAGUGGGUGGGAAAGAUAAAUGGACCGGGAUGAGAACAGUUGGCCAAUUGCGUCAUGACCUUCAAGUGAAUUUACCACACAAUAAAGACUCGCUUUAUAAGCCAAUCAUCCGAAAGAUGCGCCACUUCAAUCCCCUACACAUACCUAAGGAUCUGCAAAGGAUGCUGCCAUUCAAAAGUAAGCCAAAGCUCCAAGAAAAGAAAGGCAAUGUGCCAAAAAAUCUACAAAGACCAGCAGUCAUUAAAGAGCCACAUGAAAGAAAGAUUGCAUCACUGUUGGUGGCCCUUAGUACUGUACAUAAUUACAAAAAGAAGGCAGCAAAGGCCAAACAUCAUGACCAGCGUAAGGGUUUUUUCAGACAGAAGCAAGGAGAGGAAGCUGAUAAGAUGAAGAGACAAAAAGAAGCCAGAAAAAAAAUAUACAAAAUAAUCGGGCAGAAGGAGAAAAAAAGACAAAAGUCCAGCCUUAAGGGCUCUGGUCACAAGGAAUAAACUGGUCACUUAGGAGAACUGUCGUUGGAUUAUUAUGUAAAUGUGUUAAUGCUUUAUAAACUUACAGAAUAUCGGAACAAUUCUACAAGUCAAGUCUCAUUGUUAUAUUACAGACUGAUGAACAUGAAUGAAGCCCCAAUUCUCUUUUCUAGAAAAUGUUUCCUGGGUACUUUUUAAACAUUGAAAACUUAUGUAAAAUAAACCCUGCUGUUUCCCCAGAUUAUACUUGGGUGCAACCAUUCCAGCAUUUUUUAAUCACACUUUCUCUUAAUUCAUCACAUUUUUUUGUACUCAUUACUGUGCAUUUAUCACUGACAUUGGUUGGCCAUGAUAAAAAGGUAUACGAAAAAUUUAUAAACACUGAUUUUAUUGAUCCCAUUUGGUCAGAAUUUUUUUUCCCCUUGUAGCUUCAAACACAAUACAAGAACUAAUUCUGGACACAUCACAGGGUGCACUGACUUAAACACCCGCAAUUAGUGAUUUUAAAAAUUUAGUUUAUUCAUCAGUAAACCUGCUUAGUGUGAUUUAGGGUCACAUUCAGAGUCUAGUUUGGGCAGUACUUGGUGCAAGGCAGGAAGCAAUCAUAGACAUGGUGCCAGUCCUUUGCCAGACCUACUCACGCUCACACCCAUAACCAUUAAGAAACAACUCUUUGAGAGGAAAACAAACACAUACACAGGGAGAACAUGAAAAAUCUUAUUUGAAGCGACAAGGCUAUUCACUUUGACAUCCAGUUGUAAAAUAAAGGUAGUAAAAAAUAUCUGCUACACAAAAACCACAAAGUAUUUCUUGACAUUUAUUUAGCAAAUUGAAAACGGUUAAAAUUAACAGGGCGGUAGGUGAGCUAACACAAAUCACUAAUCAUCUAGUUGCUUGAACUUAGACAAGUUUGAUUAGACCAAAGAAGGUUAUGUGUCUCAAAAUGUAAUAUCUGUAUUAACAAAGUUUUUCUCAUAUAAACAGAAUAGUUAACUCAAAUUUCAUUAAUAAUUUUGGCAAAUAUUUAUUGGCAUUGCUUGCCAUGCUGCGCUCAUGUAUUUAGCCCAUUUUACAAAGGCAGGCCAUUGCAGCAUUUUGCUUUUAACUUAGUACAUCAAAGUCAUUAGUGAACAAAAUGCAGAGUUGAUAUUGGUUAAAUCGUGUAAAAGUGAAAAUUCUCAUAAAGGUCUCGUAUGAGUCCCAACAAUUUUCAACCUUUCGUUAAUUUGUGAAGAAGGCUGUAAAAUUGCUGGGGUGUGCCCACAAAAUAUUAUUGUCCACUUAUGUUAGAUGUGUUGAUGUGAAUGCAUUUAAUGAUUUAUAUCUUAAAGCAUCUUAAGUACCUUGUGACUUCUCACAAAGUAUCUCAGAAGUUUUAUUUUGCAGGGUUAGCUAUUUGGAAACUGUCUGAACACAAGAAUAACAGAGCUACAACGUAUACAAGUUGAAAAGGAAACUGAUUUCAACGUUCAUGAAUAGCAGUGUGGCCAACUUGUAAAUUUUCUGAAUGUGUGUAAUGAGACAGGGUUCAAGUACAAAGCUGAAAUCUUUCAACCUUUGUAGAUAGUCACAAGGUUAUUAUGCAACUUCCAGUAAACCCCAGGCUUUUGCUUUUGACUCUGUCUCAGCCCUGAAUAGUCAACAUGAAUGAUAUUCACAUGGGAAAUUUCAGCUCUUCUUAAAAAAUGAAUAAGCUAGUCCUACCUAAUUCAUUGGGUAACCUUCUAAUAUACUGACUUUUAUGUUGGCAAAUACAAUAUUUCCAGCGUGUACAUUGCUGAUUAACUGUACUGAGUGUGGUACUGUGUAUGGUACUAUGUGGAGAUUUCUCUUUUCUGUUUGAGGGUUAUCCCAAGACUAUUGUUUCUGAUUAUAAAGAUCAUGAUCUGUAUAUAGAAUUUUGAAGUUUAAUAAUGAAAUAAUUAUUCCAAAGUUAGUGAUCAUAUUGUUUGAAAGAAUAAUUUUAUGCCAUUGUGUUUAUUGUUAAUUGUUCUAUGAAUUGGGCCGUUUAUUGCCUUUGUACAUACUUGAUAUAAAUGCUGUCAUGUUGUAUAUAAAUAUUCUACUGCAUUUAUUAAUUUAGCAUUUUUGAGAAGCAUAAUAUACACUUCAAUUUUGGGAUUCAUACAUAAAUGGCUUCAAAAAUAUGCCUUUCGUCUAUGUCAUAGUAAUUUAUAAAGAUGCCCUCACUAAAUGAAUAUAUUAUAGUUAACUAUG